UUAUAGUGUGCGAGUACUACUAGUAGUAGUCCUUCACGCCAAUUGCCUGUUCACUGACCAUCCUUUCCUCCCUCCAUUCCAUUCUCUCUCUGCGCCCCACACAAUGACACUCUUCCUCCACACUUCGCUCUCCUUCUUCUUCGUCUCUUUCCCAACCAUGGUAGUAUUCCCCUGUUGACCCCUCCUCCUUCCACUCCACCUUCUUCUAGCCUCUGUUUUCCCGAUUCCGGCGCUGUGCUUUCGUGGGUCGGUGGAGAAAGAAAUGGACGGAAAUGGGUUCUUCUUCAUCGGGCGAGCGAAGCUUCUCUCCCGGCGUUUUCUGGUGCUCGGAGCUUUUCUGUUUCUGGUUCUCUGCCCUCACGCUUCCUCGCUCAACGACGAAGGGAGAGCACUGAUGGCGAUCAAGGGUUCGUUCAGCAAUGUGGUGAAUGUUCUUUCCGACUGGGGCGAUGUCCAUAACGAGGAUUUCUGCUCAUGGCGUGGAGUAUUGUGCGACAAUCUCACACUCUCUGUUGUUUCUCUGAACUUGUCGAAUUUGAACUUGGGCGGUGAGAUUUCUCCUGCCAUUGGGGACUUGAGGAACCUGCAGUCUCUGGACCUUCAAGGAAACAAGCUGUCGGGUCAAAUCCCAGAUGAAGUCGGAAACUGUGGUUCCCUUUUUCAUCUGGAUCUAUCCUUCAACUUGCUCUAUGGAGAUAUCCCAUUCUCCAUAUCUAAGCUGAAGGAGCUAGAAUAUCUGAACUUGAGGAACAAUCAGCUCGUCGGCCCUAUUCCUUCCACUCUGACGCAGAUUCCUAAUCUCAAAACCAUUGACCUUGCUCAGAAUCAGCUCACCGGCGAGAUACCCAGGUUAAUCUACUGGAAUGAAGUCCUGCAGUACCUUGGGUUGCGUAGUAAUUUUCUGACUGGAACACUGUCCCCUGAUAUGUGCCAACUCACCGGCUUGUGGUACUUUGAUGUGAGAUGCAACAAUCUAACUGGAACCAUCCCUGAAAGCAUUGGCAACUGCACAAGCUUCGAGAUACUGGACAUAUCAUACAACAUGAUCACAGGGGAGAUUCCUUACAACGUUGGCUUCCUGCAAGUAGCUACUCUGUCACUGCAGGGUAACAGGCUCACUGGGAAGAUUCCUGAGGUCAUUGGUCUAAUGCAAGCACUUGCUGUUCUGGAUUUGAGCGAGAACCAGUUAGUCGGACCGAUCCCACCGAUCCUUGGCAAUUUGACUUACACGGGCAAAUUGUAUCUCCAUGGAAACAAACUCACUGGACCAAUUCCUCCAGAACUUGGGAACAUGUCCAAACUUAGUUACUUGCAACUGAAUGACAAUGAGUUGACUGGUGGCAUUCCCCCUGAACUUGGCAAGCUGGAGCAAUUGUUUGAAUUGAAUCUUGCCAACAACAAGCUUGAAGGCUCCAUUCCUCAUAACAUAAGCUACUGUACCGCAUUGAACAAGUUCAAUGUUCAUGGCAAUCACUUGAAUGGAACAAUCCCUCCAGGUUUCAGAAACUUGGGGAGCUUGACUUACCUGAAUCUUUCGCGGAACAACUUCAAAGGAAAAGUUCCUUUCGAGCUUGGACGCAUUGUCAACCUCGAUACGCUGGAUCUGUCAAGCAAUAGCUUUUCUGGGCCUAUACCAGCUUCGGUUGGAGAUCUGGAGCACCUUCUGAUACUGAACUUGAGCAAGAACCAUCUUGGUGGACCAUUGCCAGCUGAAUUUGGUAACCUUCGCAGCAUUCAGAUCAUUGAUGCUUCUUUCAACAAUGUCACUGGAACCAUUCCUAUUGAACUUGGCCAGCUGCAAAAUGUUGCUUCCUUGAUUCUGAACAACAACAGCCUGCAUGGACAGAUUCCUGAACAACUUUGCAACUGUCUCAGCCUCACCAAUCUGAACUUCUCUUAUAACAACUUAUCAGGGAUCGUUCCACUGCUUCGAAACUUUUCUCGAUUCCCAGCUGACAGCUAUGUGGGCAAUCCAUUGCUCUGCGGGAACUGGGUUGGCUCUAUAUGUGAUCCUUACACCGUAAAAUCGAAAGCAAUAUUCACAAUGCCUGCAGUUGUCUGCAUAGUGCUGGGUGCCCUUGCUCUACUAUCUGUGGUCGCAGUUGCUAUCUACAAAUCCAAGCAACAGAACCUGUUGGAUGAUGCCACCAACAAUUCAUUGCAAGGCCCCCCAAAACUAGUAGUGCUUCACAUGGACAUGGCAUUCCACACCUUCGACGACAUACUGAGCUACACCGAGAACUUCAAUGAGAAAUUCAUCAUUGGCCGUGGAGCUUCUGGCACAGUGUUCAAAUGCGUGCUGAAAAAUUCUCGGCCCCUCGCAAUCAAGCGACUCUACAACCACAAGUACCCCUACAACCUUCGUGAGUUUCAAACCGAGCUCGAGACCAUUGGCAGCAUUCGUCACAGAAACAUUGUCUCUCUCCAUGCAUACGCAUUGUCACCUUCUGGCAACCUCCUCUUCUACGACUACAUGGAGAACGGCUCUCUCUACGACCUCCUUCAUGGCACUGCAAAGAAGGUGAAGCUCGAUUGGGAUACACGUAUCAAAAUCGCAGUUGGCACUGCUCAGGGACUUGCUUAUCUUCACCAUGACUGCAACCCCAGAAUCAUCCACAGGGACGUUAAGUCGUCAAACAUUCUUCUCGACGAGAACUUCGAAGCUCAUCUCGCUGAUUUCGGUAUUGCGAAAUGCCUCCCGACGGCGAAAUCUCAUGCAUCGACGUUGGUUCUCGGCACUAUCGGGUACAUUGACCCUGACUACGCGAGAACUUCUCGUCUGAAUGAGAAGUCCGAUGUCUACAGCUUUGGCAUCGUUCUUCUGGAGCUUCUCACUGGGAAGAAGGCUGUGGAUAACGACUCCAACUUGCAACAACUGAUCAUGUCCAAGGCUGAUGACAACACGAUAAUGGAGGCUGUGGACUCUGAAGUUUCAGUAACUUGCAUGGAUGUAAGCCAUCUCAGGAAGACACUGCAACUGGCUCUGCUUUGUACGAAGACAAACCCUUCCGAGAGGCCGACAAUGCAUGAAGUUGUGAGGGUGUUGGUCUCAUUUCUGCCACCUCCGCCGAUGAAGGGCUGCUCGCUCUCGUCGAAGGAUAUUGACUACUCGAAGUUCCUUGCGGAGAAAGGCGAGAAGCAACGUGGUGGAUCUGUUCUACAACAGCAGCCGCAGCAGUUGCAGCAAGAGAACAACUCGUCUGAUGGUCAGUGGUUUGUUAGGUUCAGAGAAGCUAUAUCUAAGAAUACGUUUUAGUUAGUUUGCUUAAAGUAGUUUAGGGUAUAACCAAGCCAGUCGAACGUUUGGUUUUUAAACUAGGGAGGAGAAAGUAAGUGAAUAGUGCCCAAAUUUUGGCUUUCGGAAAGGUAUGAUGUUGAUUCAUGGGUUCUGUACUUCGACCCUGGUUUUAGGCUGGGAACCAGCCUCGGGUAUUUUGGUUUUUGUAGUUGGGUGGACCGUGGCGUCUGAACUGGUUUGGUUUUUGGUAGGUUCAAUUAUCUUAUACAGGCAGUUGUAGAAACUUACUUUGAAGCCUGUUGAAAUUUACACUUGGUAUUAACUUGUGAACAAAAUGGCCACCAGCUUACAUUGAACCUUUACAGAUACUCGCCCAGCCACUGAGCUAAUGGCUUUAGCAGUGAAGUAAUUACAUGCUUAGCUGCUUGUUCACAUCUGUUUGUGUUGAAAAUGGAAAGUGCUGUGAAAGAAUUCACUGCCACUGAAGAAAGCUACAUCCUGAAGCGACUGAUGUAUUCAAGCCAUUUCAGGAUUCCUACACUUAAUGAACUGCAAAACAGAUA